AUGUCCCCGAAAACGCCUCCUGAGCCGCCCGGCCAACACCACGAAGAGUCGAAACUCAACUUUGGCUCGCCAACGCCUGUGUUUCUGGGUCUGUCUCCUGCAGAGGCAUUGCUCCCUGCCUCCCAGGCGGAACCUUCAGAUGUUGUCAAGAAUGGUAUAGCACCUGUUCCUUUCAGCACUGAAGUUCAAUCAAACCCUUCUCCUCCUGCCCUGGAACCCUUGUCCGGGCUGCUUGCUACCGGACUGGCCGGAUGCCCUCUUCCUUCGCAAAUCAGCCGAAACAUCCCACCGACAAAGGCGAUUUCCAACCAUCCUCGACUGACUAUGAGUACCGAACAAGCCUUCAUGAACAUGUUCCGUGUAACUCAUACACCACACGUUGACCCGGUCCAGGACCCUACCAUCGCUCAAGUCGAGGCGGCACGGGAAGACUACAUUGUUCGGUUGAUGGAUGCAAUGCACAAUUUGACGAACAUAUACGACAAAUUGAACAAAGAGGGAACAUACACAAAUAGAGUACAAAUGUUCCAUCCGGUUGACAAUGCCGAACAUGGUUGGUACGUCGGGCAAGAUUUUGUGGAAUCGCGCUGCCACGUUCUAUUCGAAGUUAUCAUAGAUCGCUGCCGUAAGGGAUUCAGGGGCCAAGCCAAACAAGAUCUUGCACGUAAGACAAAGCCUAGAAACGGGUUCGUGAAGGAUGUCACAGUGCCUUCACCAGACAUGAAAGCCAACUGCAAGGCCCGCAUCGAGGCCAUCAUCGUUGUACUCCAUUACUGGAAGACUGCGUGUGCUGAAGCGACCAAUGACAUCGAUCACAUGUUCGCUUUAGCGAACCAUCCGCAAGUAAUUUGGGAUACGAAGUAUCAAAAUGCCGACAGCAAUGGUGUUAAGGCGAGGAAGACUAAAGAACUCAAAGGAAAAGUCCAGGAAUUCAAUGAGACGCAGCAACGGCACACUUCAUCUCACGAUCCUUCCCCCCAAGCUUCGCGAAGAAUUGCCGCUCACGAGGCGCCUGUGGUCUUCAAUCCGGACUUUCAGCUACCCGCUUGCAUGCCUAUUAUUUCAGAGCCACCUACUUCUUCAAGCUAUCCAAUGACUGGAGACCCCGUGGCUGCAGGAAAUCCCUUCCAGAACCCGACAAUUGGUCCUGGUAGUCCUCUAUUGGGCUUCCAAGCCGGUGGCGUGGGAGCCGAUCUUAGUCCUCAUGGUCCUUCUCACCCCAUUGAUUACCCCUAUCCUGGCAUGCUGAAUCAAGAUAUUCUCGGCCAUAUGACGUUCACGGGCAAUAACCAUACCGUCAACGCAAUUGGAGUGCCUCUUAAUCCCGGUGCCAAACUCGACUCACUGUUCGCAUCUAGCCAUUUUGGAGCACGUGGACCUGAGCACUACCGGGGCGCGGUACAGAACGUCACAGGCAAACAAACAGGACAAAUAACCGCUCAAGCUAGGAAGCCGCGCCAGGUAGGAUAUCCAGCUUACUUUGACGGACCCCCACCAAUGUCGUCUUUACUCCCUGAAUACAUGGCUCGUCAGUUUCAGGGUGCUCAGAAUGCUCAACACCAAGACCCGAUGGGAGCUCAGGAUACAAAUCCGCCAAAAUACCCUCACGAAUCCUAUCUUCGAACAACACAGUUCGGCCGUAGCUUCGAUCCUGGACACUCGGCGCCUCCUCAGCCUCGCGCUUCCUCAAAGCGCCCAGCCUCUCAGCACUUUCCAGUGCACACCAACAUGCCAGCUCGCAAGCCCAAGAAACCUCGCACGAGCAAGAACACUGAACCGAUCAACCCAAACUCUCAGGCACCGCCCAUUCUACGUCCUCAGAUGGCGCAAGGCCCGCAGACAUGGCCAGCUUCCGCAGGGGCCGGUUUGCCUAGCUACCUCAAGGCUGCCCACAACGAGGCUGAGGCCGAGGCUGAAGCCUAUAGCGACUCUGAUCCCGAAGAAGACGAGCAUCUCGAGGACUCCGAAGAGCACUAUGAGCGUCCUGUGUUGAUAUCUGCGACAAACCCCGCGACAAAAGAGAAGGAUCUCAAGUCCAACAAUGGCGUAUACGCGUAUGUCGAAGACGUUCCAGAGUCGAACAGCGACUACGCAGCGGCCAACGAGAGCGAUUCGGGCUCCAACCGCGACAUCAGCGCACUCUUCGAGGAGUUCCCAGAUCCCAACGACAAGCCACCUGCCACUCCAUCUGUUUAA